CGCGGGAUGUAGCAUUUGGCAUGUGAGGCAAUGAUGCUUGAUAUAAAUACGACUGCAGCGAGCGAUAUUCCGAUUUGUUGUGGCUUCUUUCCUCAGGCCGGUCCUCUCUUAUUAAAUUUCUUAUUCACUACUCCGGAACGUUUCUUGCUCAAGUCUCCCCAUCUCUGUGCUGGUAACAAGUUUCCCUAUUCCCCCAAGCAAAUCUAUUUCAAAUAUCAAGACCUUUUACUCCCUUCGGCAUGAUGUAUACGAAGUCCAUCAUCGUCUCCGCCGUCCUUGCUGCUGCAUCGCUCUCUGCAGUAAGCGCCGCUCCAGUCUCUGCUGAUGGCUACCUGCAAAAGCGCUGUUUGGGGGGAAAGUGUAACACGACAAACAACACCACCUCAAACCAGAGUCAAAGCACCACGAUCUCAAACAAUUCGAACACGUCAAACGCCUCGAACACUUCCCAAUCCGGUAACCAAAUAACCCAGGGCAACAACGGUGGUGGUAACAGCUUUGGGAGUGCGAGCGUUGGCAAGGUCUGUGGUCGCGCUUUCUUCGAGGCCAAGCAGCACCAAAUCAACGAUCAUGUCUCCAUGGUCACUCGCAACAUGGAUUUCUCGCACAUCUCUGGCUUGAGCAAGACCAAUCUAGGAAUCGGCACUAGCCUGAGCAAGACCAAUCCAGGAAUGGGCAAGCUCAAUGUGAGCAACGUCAGGGUUCACUCCAACACGCAAUCCAGCACCUCCAACAGCAACUCGAACAACACGUCGAUGCACGUUAACAACACGAAGUCGCAGAGCAGUGACUUCUCUGGAAACAUGGGUGUCAUGAACGGUGUCGGUAUCAACUGCAGGCGCGAGUUCAUGCAGCUC